UCUAUUGUUUUUUCUUAUAACUAUAAUGGAUUAUAUUUCUAUAAAAUAUAAGAAGACUUUUAAAGUCUUUCUUUGAGUUUUUUUUUCUCGUAAAUGAAUUAGAAAAAGGCAGAAAUUAUGGGAGGACUCUUUUGUCACACAGUUGAUGCUGUCUAAAGAUCCGUUACCAGAAGCUAAGAGUUACCGACAGGUAACUUGGGAGAUCGGAGUUCUUGUCUGAAAGAAAAAUAUAAAUAUCUCAACCCACCGUGGAUCUGUGAAGCUUGUUGAACAAAUCAAAUGUUGGGAGCUUAAAGAAAAGUUCUUUCUUUCUCUUUUAAAACUCUUUAGAUUCCAAACUCAACUCAGAAAUCUUUUAGAUUCUGAGGCAUGGAUCCUUGAAGAAGCUUGGAAGCAAAUUUGAAGAAGAUGGUUCGGAGAAUAAAGAGGAAAGGUUUAAUAAACACCGAAGCUGCAAGAGAGUUUUUCAAUCAUCUAGUUGCUGAGAGACAUUCUCUGUUGUUGCUGGUUCCUAUGGUGUUAGCUUUCUGGGCGAUUGAGAGAUGGGUCUUCGCUUUCUCCAACUGGGUUCCUCUCGUUGUAGCUGUUUGGGCUUCUCUUCAGUAUGGGAGUUACCAGAGGGCAAUACUUGCAGAAGAUUUAACCAGGAAGUGGAAGCAAAACGUGUUCAAUGCUUCGACUAUAACUCCAUUGGAACAUUGCCAAUGGCUGAACAAACUACUGUCUGAAAUUUGGCUAAACUUCAUGAACAAGAAACUCUCUCUCAGAUUUUCUUCUAUGGUUGAGAAACGAUUGAGGCAACGAAGAUCAAGACUAAUAGAAAACAUACAGUUAUUGGAGUUCUCUCUUGGCUCAUGCCCUCCUUUGCUGGGACUCAACGGAGCUUGUUGGUCGCAAUCAGGGGAACAGAAAAUCUUGCGGUUGGAUUUCACUUGGGACACAACUGAUCUAAGCAUCUUGCUCCAAGCCAAGUUGUCCAAACCGUUUAACAGAACAGCAAGAAUCGUCGUCAACAGUCUUUGCAUCAAAGGAGAUAUACUAAUCAGACCAACUCUAGAAGGAAAAGCAAUGCUCUAUUCCUUUGUAUCAAACCCUGACGUUAGAAUCGGAGUUGCUUUCGGUGGUGGCGGUGGCCAAUCUCUUCCCGCCACUGAGCUCCCCGGUGUCUCCUCUUGGCUGGUGAAGAUCCUAACGGAAACGUUGAACAAGAAGAUGGUGGAGCCAAGACGAGGAUGUUUCUCAUUACCAGCCACCGAUCUUCACAAAACAGCAGUAGGAGGAAUCAUCUACGUAACCGUAGUCUCCGGUAGCAAUCUCCACCGCAGCGUUCUCCGCGGAAGCCCCUCCACGAGAAGUCCCGACGUUGCGGAAAGUAGCAACGGUGGCAGCAGCAGCAGCAACAAACCUGUACAAACGUUCGUGGAGGUCGAGCUAGAACAGCUGUCUAGAAGAACCGAGAUGAGAACAGGACCUAACCCAGCUUAUCAGUCAACGUUCAACAUGAUCUUACACGACAAUACAGGGACGCUUAAGUUUAAUCUCUAUGAGAAUAAUCCUGCUAGUGUCAGAUACGACAGUCUCGCUAGCUGCGAAGUUAAGCUCAAAUACGUUAACGAUGAUUCUACAAUGUUUUGGGCCGUUGGAUAUGAUAACGGUGUGAUAGCGAAACACGCUGAGUUCUGUGGUCAAGAAGUUGAGAUGGUUGUUCCCUUUGAAGGUGUUAGCUCCAGCGAGUUGACUGUGCGGCUACUUCUAAAGGAAUGGCACUUCUCUGAUGGCUCGCAUAGCUUGAACAGUGUUCACUCAAGUUCUCUACACUCACUCGAUGGAUCGGCUAGCUUGUUUUCCAAAACCGGUCGGAAGAUAAUCGUAACGGUUUUAACAGGGAAGAAUCUUGUUUCGAAGGCUGGAAAAUGCGACGCUAACGUCAAGUUGCAGUAUGGGAAAACUAUACAGAAGACAAAGACGGCAGAUGGUGUGUGGAACGAGAAGUUUGAGUUUGAGGAGUUAGCUGGAGAAGAAUAUCUAAAAGUGAAAUGCUACAGAGAAGAGAUGCUUGGCACGGACAACAUCGGUACAGCUACGUUGAGUCUUCAUGGGAUUAGUAACAGUGAGAUGCAUAUAUGGGUUCCUCUUGAAGAAGUUAGUUCCGGAGAGAUAGAGCUUUUGAUUGAAGCUCUUAGUCCUGAGUAUAGUGAGGCGGAUUCUAGUAAAGGCUUGAUUGAACUGGUUCUUGUUGAAGCACGGGAUCUCGUGGCUGCGGAUCUUAGAGGAACCAGUGAUCCUUAUGUUAGAGUUCAGUAUGGAGAGAAGAAACAGAGGACAAAGGUUAUUUACAAGACAUUGCAUCCGAAAUGGAACCAAACCAUGGAGUUCCCAGAUGAUGGGAGCUCCUUGGAGCUACACGUCAAAGACCAUAACACACUGCUUCCAACUUCAAGCAUCGGUUACUGCGUUGUGGAAUACCAACGGCUAAAGCCAAACGAGACAGCCGACAAGUGGAUACCUCUCCAAGGAGUGACACGUGGCGAGAUCCGCGUCAGAGUCACGAGGAAAGUCACCGAGGCUCCAAGAAGAGCCAGCGCGGACUCUAGCUCUCCGUUCAACAAAGCGCUCUUGCUGUCUAACCAGAUGAAGCAGGUGAUGAUAAAGUUUCAGAAUUUGAUUGACGAUGGAGAUCUCGAAGGUCUUGGUGAAGCUUUGGGAGAGCUGGAAAGUUUGGAGGAUGAGCAAGAAGAGUAUUUGGUCCAGCUUCAGACCGAGCAGAUGCUGCUUAUCAAUAAGAUUAAAGAUCUUGGUAAGGAGAUUCUUAACUCGUCCCCUGUUCAAGCCACGUCUCAUUUGCCGUCUAGGUCCGGGUCUGGUUCGGGAGGUGGAUCGUAUAGCCAGCUAAGAUUACCAGCGCCAAUGUAGUGUAGUUGGUUUGUGAUCAACCUACAAAAACAAUCUAUGGUGUAUAUAGAUAGAUAUGUAGGGCAUUGGAUAAAAUGUUUAAAGAGAAUGUGAUCAGCCCUUUGUGUUACAGAAAGGUAGAAACCAUCAUCUGUAAGUUUGUUUUUUAUUUCCAUUGUUAUUGAGUAGCAACUAAAGCAGUUGUAAUUGUUUGUAAAAACUGUUAUUUUUGUUUCUAGUCUGAGAAAUAAUUUACAGAAAACUAGAGAAGCUGUAUACUA